AAAUCGAUGACCUCCACAAGAGCACCCACUAUGGUUCCGGAAUCUUGCAGGAGGCCAAGAGGUUACAACCAACCACAACACUCUCUUUCGAUCUGCAUUUACUGGUGUGCAUGAAUGAUUGUAGUUUCAAAAGAAUCACGGACCUUUAUUUCUCUUUUUCCUUAGGUCAUGCGCCUCGAUGUAUUGUCUUUGCCGAAACUGGCUAAGGAUGCAAGUCUCCAAUCGAGGCAUUAUCUAGUUUUUCACGAAAACGAACUCGUCGAACUUGUUGCUGCUGAAAUUUUUGUCCUCAAGUUCCUUCUUGCUUUCGAUCUGUUCACAUAUGCCAGUGCUGUACGGCUCGAUGUUUCUCGCAAUGGACGUGAGAACCUAAGGCUCGACACAAGUCCCGUGUUAGAUAGUCACGAUACACACAACAACGACGAGUGGUCCGAAGGGGGAGUUGGCAAAGUUGAUUCGUCAGCGGGUGAUGAAUAUAUUGUAGAUAUUUGGCCCGGAAAGCACAAAGGCUUUCUUAUUGACGAUAACGAACCAAGUUAUAUUAGAUGGAGCAACAUACAAUACGGCGAGGCCCCAGUUGGAGAGCUCCGCUUCUCCCUCCCUGUCAAACCAUGGGAACUGAACGAAAAUGUCAAUGAAGGCAAGGAUUACAAAAUUUGCCCUCAGCAUAAAAUAGGUUGGCUCGAAUUCGCCCAAGAAUUUGGCCAAACAUAUGCUCUCUCUACUGGCUCUAUUCCACCCAAGUGGAACUAUCCGAUUAGUCCUGCGAAUAACUAUACUUACCCAAUCCCACCCGAAAGAUCUUCCACACUGAACGUUACGGAAGAUUGCCUUUAUCUUGAUGUAAUGGUUCCAAAGAAAGUGUGGGACGAAAGGGAUCAGCGUUCUUUCCUUAGGCCGGCUGUUAUUGUAUGGAUACAUGGCGGAGGGUUUGUUUUCGGCCAUAAAAACCAACAUGGAAGCCCCAUAGGUUUAUUCCAGGCCGCAGAGAGCAAGGAAGAGCAAAAUGUGAUCUAUGUUACUUUGAAUUACCGCCUCGGCGCCUUUGGAUUUCUGGGUGGCGACAAGUAUCUCGACGAUGGCGGUUAUGCAAAUCUCGGUCUGCAAGACCAGUUACUCGCACUAAGAUGGGUUCAAGAAAACAUUGGAGUGUUUGGCGGUGACCCGGGAAGAGUUACAGUCAUGGGACAGAGUGCAGGGGCGUCAUCCAUCUUGCACCACAUAACUUCUCCAUCUUUCUUCAGGUCGUCAAGAUCAUAUUUCCAAAAAGCUAUUUUGCUUAGCCCUGGCUUCUAUCCGCAGCCUAACCUCACCUUGGAAGACAUUAAGUACACCAAGUUCUUGGAGGCGUCGGGUAAGAAGAGUAUGGAUGAGCUCAUCGCAGAACCUGCGGACAGCCCGGCACUUCUGAAUGCUAACGCAGAGUUGACGUACAAUUCUUCGUACGGGCUGUUUUACUUUGGGCCUAACAUUGACGGUUUAUACGUCACAGAUCUGCCCGGCAAGCUGUUAGCGAAGGGUAAUUUCCAGAAUGGGAUUUCGCUGUUACUGGGAUAUACACGGAAUGAUGGAGUUGCAUUCACACCACCAUGGCUUAGAUCCAGUUCAGAUCUACGCGGUUAUGUCAAAACAUUAUUUCCAGGAACUCCCGAAGAGACGAUGAAAUUCGUGGACGAUAAUUACCCAUUUUUGUCAGGCGAGUCAGAGAAAGACAAAAUUCGCCACGUCGCGGAUUUUUUGGACGACCUCGCAAUCCAAUGCAACACUCACUAUCUUACAAAUGCCACAGUGAAAUAUAGCCGCAAUAAAUUUGUCCGUGUAUACCGAUACGUGUUCAAUGCGUUCCCUGCUUUCCACGGAACAGAUGCUGAUUACAUUUAUUACCCAGAAAAGCCACUCCUUGGGGCUUUUCCAUGGCGUCCACUUGCUCAAUUUAUGCAGAGGGCCAUUGUGGAUUUCGUCCGAUAUAUAGAUCCCAACCCGGAAGGAGUUAAAACCUGGGAGGCUUACACAGAUUCCGUUAAAAAGGUCAUGAAUUUUGGAUCACCGCAUAAUCCAUUCAAUUUCAGCACUGCUAUUGGACCUGAUCUUUUGGACGCUGCCAAAUGUGAAUAUUGGCAAAAUGCCCCGUUCUAUCCUCAAGCUCAGCGCGUCGACAACGACAUAAGGAGGGGUGAGGAGCUGGUGAUCCAAACUGAUCUUUAGUCCUUUCUGGGAGAGGAAGUGGCAUGUAUGGGACAGGUGGCUAUGCAAUGAGCUAGGGAUGCCAGGUUUUCAUUCUGUUCUAGUUGUGAUAUGUGAGCGAUCGUUUGGACUGAUCUUCAACUUGUAUGCCUCAUCAUCCUCAUGAGCUAUAUAUUUCAACUCCGUUCCCUUGCACGGUAUUACUUGAGACUGUAAUCGAUGCCCAUUUGGCUUGACUUUUAAAUGGACCUUGAUUGAGAUUUCGCGACUCCAU